AUGGACGCCUUCGAGUACAACCCCAAUCCCGGCCGCGUCGUCUUCGGCAGCGGCACACUGCAGAAGCUCCCCAAUGAGAUCGCCCGACUACAACUUCAAGCCCCAUUGGUGCUUUCAACACCACAGCAGGUUCAUCAGGCAGAGAGCAUCAAGACCGUGCUUCAGGGCCAGGUCGCCGGCAUCUUCAGUGAGGCGACCAUGCACACGCCGACACAUGUCACCGACAAGGCGGUUGAUUAUGCACAGGCGCAACGAGCCGACUCGGUGAUCUCCAUCGGCGGCGGAAGCACUAUCGGCCUCGGCAAAGCCAUCAGUAUUCGCACCGGCUUGCCCCAUAUCUGCAUUCCGACGACGUAUGCCGGUAGCGAAAUGACCCCGAUCCUGGGCGAGACUGCCGAUGGACUGAAGAAGACUCGCUCCGACCCUAAGAUUUUACCCGGGACGGUCAUCUACGAUGUGGAUCUGACAAUGACUCUGCCCGCGUCGAUGAGUGCCACCAGCGGCGUCAAUGCCAUCGCACAUGCCGUCGAGGCCCUCUACGCCCGCAACACCAACCCGAUCAUCAACAUGAUGGCCAUGGAGGGUACACGGGCUCUCGCCUCGUCCCUCCCCGAGAUUGUCGAGAACCCAUCCUCCCAAUCCGCCCGAUCCCGAGCUCUGUACGGCGCCUGGCUGUGCGGAACAUGUCUCGGCAGCGUGGGCAUGUCCAUUCACCACAAGCUGUGCCACACGCUCGGGGGCAGCUUCAACCUGCCGCACGCCGAGACCCAUACCGCUGUCCUGCCGCAUGCUAUUUCCUACAAUGCGCCCAACAUCCCCGACGCCAUGAAACAGUUGGCAGAUGCUCUGCCCGACAGCAAUGGCGACGCCAUCCACGGGCUGAAUGUUCUCUUGACGAAGCUGAAGGUCAAGCGCGGCGUGAGGGAUUAUGGUAUGAAAGAGGAGGAUGUCGACAAGGCGGCUGAUAUCGCUGUCUCGAGCCCUUACUGGAACCCCCGUCCGAUCGAGCACCCGCCUAUCCGCGAGUUGAUCCGCAGGGUUUGGGCGGGUGAGCCGGCGCGGGCGGAUUUGUAG